AUGUCAUCUUCUGGGUGGGUCUUGCUAAGACGUUAUGUUUUUGCAUUGCCAGCUUUCCCUUUGUCAGGCGGUGGUUUCUGUCCAUGGACGAUGGAGGUGAGGAGUGCUGAAUGCCGAGCAAAGCCGCCCACAUCUCCAGGCCAGCGGGGCGAGCUUCUGACCUGGCGCUCUUCAGUAGACGAGGAAGAUGAGGAAGGUGUCUAUGGCUUCUUCGGUCGGAGGAGCAGCGAGCGCAGCCCUGAGGAUGAGCCUGACUAUGUAUUCAUAGAUGACAGCUCCUCGCCCUCCCCGGGUGGAUCUUUCCCCGGGAGAACCUGGGGGCACCGUCCGAGGCUCAUCAGCCUCACGGAGGACCGUGCCGGGCACAGAGGGGAUGUUACAGGCAAGAAUAAAUUUUUCAGCAGUGGUGAAGUGUUGGUCUUUGAUGAACGUUCUCAGACAAAGCAUGGGCAUGUGCUGGAGCACGAUGAAACAGAUCCAGUGCGGCUGCUCGAGCUGCUCCAGGCAGACCUGGGGAGAGACCGCAACACCCCGGACUGGGAGGAAGAUGAGGAUAAUGCCUUCUCUCUGUCUCCUGGGGAAAUGAAGACAUGGCCCAGCCCGCUGUGUUUCACGUUGCUAGAAGAUAAAAAAGAUGCAGAAAUCGAAGCCAAGAAAGCUUGUGACUGGCUGCGAGCGGCGGGGUUCCCUCAGUAUGCCCAGCUUUACGAAGACUCAUUGUUCCCUCUGGACAUCGGCGCUGUGAAGAAGGACCACAGCUUCCUGGACCAGGACUCCCUCAAAUCCCUGUGCAGGAGGCUGAUGACCCUGAACACAUGCGCCUCCAUGAAGCUGGAAGUCCACUUUCAGCGUAAACAGAAUGAAGACUCCGAGGAGGAAGACCUCUGCGCCAUCAGCGACCGGUGGGCUUUUCAGAGGGACAGCAAGAGGUGGUCGCGGGUGGGGUCCGUCGAUGUCCUCUCCCAGGGCUCCGAGGUCCUGAGCUCCAGCAUGCGGCUGGCCUCCAGCCGUGAGAGCGUCCUCACGGACCUCAGCACCAACCCGGAGGCCGUGUCCCUGCACAGCAGCGGCAGCACCGGCAGCACGGGCGGCACACUGGGCGUCGGGGCUGCGUUGCCUGGCCCCCCGUCCCCUACCGGUGCCGCCGCCGUCGCCGCCUCCAGCCGCAGCUUGAGCGAGCGCUCGUUGCCGGAGCAGUCCUCCAGCCAUGGCGAGGGCUCCAAGGAGAAGCCGAAGAAGCGGCGGUCUCGCAGCUUCCUGAAGAGGAUCGAGUCCCUCCGAAGGAAGGACAAAGAGAAAGCAGACCCAGAGGAGAAGGUGGCCCCGCACAGCAGCAUCACGGCCCCGUCAGGAUGGGGCUCCCUGAAGGCUAACGGGGACCUGGCAGCCACCAAGGCCAACUCCUCUAAGAGAGGGAUAUCUGCCUCUUUCCAUGGCAAAAAACACUUCUUCUCGGUAUCGUACAGGACUAACCGCUUGCUAGGCUCAGGUGGGAGCAAGGUGAGCUCUGACUUGAAACGCAGCGGAGUCUACCUGGAGGACUACGAAACAGCUGUGACAGCCAGCGGCGACUGGGCUGCUGCGGAGUGCCAGCACCGGCCGGCGCACCGGGGGGAUUGCUUGGUCUACAUCCCCCAGGACCACAAGCCGGGCACCUUCCCCAAAUCCCUCUCCAUCGAGAGCCUGUGUCCCUUGGGCGGCAGCUCCCUGACCCACUGGAAAUCGGGGAACGCGCCCGCCGGGCGGGCGGGAGGCGGCGGGGGUGGCAGCACCAGCAGCGUGGAGGGCUCGUCCUCCCCGCGGGGCUUCGCCUGCCGCCGCCGGCGGGGCUCCUGCAGCUCCCUGGGCAGCCGGGUCAGCGUGUACGACAACGUGCCGGAGUUCGGCAGCAGCGAGGAUUUCUGCAAGGACGACGGGGAGGUGACCUAUGAGAACCUCGACGACAUACUGCAGCACAUGUGGGGGCUGCAGCAGAAGGUGGAGCUCUGGUAUAAAGCCAUCUCCCCCGACCUGGCUGGGGAGGAAGGGGGCGAGGAGGAGGAAGAGGAGGAGGAGUCGGACUCAGGAGGGGAACCCUCCAACCUGCACUUCGAAGAGCGGUCCAUGUCGGAUGUCGGCACCUCUGCCAGCGACUUUGACAGCACGGGUAACUCCCUCAACGAGGCCGAAGAGAUCGAGAUGCGGGAGCGCCGGGACUCGGGCGUGGGAGCGUCGCUCACCCGGCCCUGCAGAAAGCUGCGUUGGCACAGUUUCCAGAACUCGCACCGGCCCAGCCUGAACUCUGCCUCCCUGGAGAUCAACCGCCAGUCCUCUGCCCAGCUCAACCUGCUCCAGAAGUGCUCCCUGCUCCGUCUCACAGCCAUCAUGGAGAAGUACUCCGUGCCCCACAAGCAAGCCUGGACGUGGACUGUGCCCAAGUUCAUGAAGCGGACUAAAGUCCCCGAUUACCGGGACAAGCUGGUCUUCGGGGUGCCGCCCAUCAUCAACGUGCAGCGGACGGGGCAGCCCCUGCCCCAGAGCAUCCAGCAGGCAAUGCGCUACAUCCGCAGCCAGUGCCUGGACCAGGUUGGCAUUUUCCGAAAGUCGGGGGUGAAGUCCCGGAUUCAGGCGCUCCGGCACAUGAACGAAACCAGCCCCGACAACGUUAACUACGACGGGCAGUCGGCGUACGACGUGGCUGACCUGCUGAAGCAGUAUUUUCGUGACCUGCCAGAGCCCAUCUUCACCAGCAAGCUGACGGAGACCUUCCUGCAGAUCUACCAGUUCGUGUCGAAGGAGCAGCGGCUGCAGGCGGUGCAGGCGGCCGUUAUCCUCAUGCCGGAUGAGAACCGGGAGGUGCUGCAGACCCUGCUCUACUUCCUGAGCGACAUCGCCUCUGCCGAGGAGAACCAGAUGACGGCUGGGAACCUGGCCGUGUGCCUGGCCCCCUCCAUCUUCCACCUCAAUGUGUCCAAGAAGGAAAGCACCUCGCCGAGGGCGAUACAUAAGAGGGGCACCAUGGGGAAGCCUGACCAGAAGGACCUCAACGAGAACAUGGCUGCGACGCAGGGGCUCUCCCACAUGAUCACCGACUGCAAGAAGCUCUUCCAGGUCUCCCACGACAUCUUGCUCCAGCUGAGCAGCUCAUAUAUGGCAGCAGAUGCUUACCCCCAUCCCCUGGCUGACUUCGUGUGUCAGGGGGAAAGCAAGGAUUUACAGUCCUACUUCGAGCAGUGUGUGCAGAACCUGCUCAAAGAGUCAUCAGAAAAAUUCAAGGGGUGGCUGAGCACCCCGGGGCCCCUGAAUACGGAGCUCUCCUGCAAAAAGGUUGGGGACGGGCACCCUCUGCGCUUGUGGAAGGUCUCCACGGAGGUCGAGGCCCCUCCCGCCACGGUGCUGCACAGGGUGCUUCGGGAGCGUCACCUCUGGGACGAGGACCUGCUGCAGAGCAAGGUGGUGGAGGCCCUGGACAAGAACAUGGAGGUCUACCACUACGUCACGGACAGCAUGGCACCCCACCCGCGCAGGGACUGCGUGGUGCUCCGGCGCUGGCACACGGACCUGCCGCGGGGAGCCUGCCUGCUCAUCUCCAUCUCGGUGGAGCACGACAAGCUGCCGGCGGAGGGAGGCGUCAAAGCCGUCGUGCUGACGUCCCAGUACCUCAUUGAGCCCAGCGCCAUGGGCCGCUCCAAAGUGACCCACAUCUGCAGAGCCGACCUCAGGGGCCGGUCUCCCGAGUGGUACAACAAGGUCUUUGGCCACCUCUGCGCCAUGGAGCUGGCGAGGAUCCGAGACUCUUUCCCAUCCCUGACUCCCAACGGCCCUGAGACGAAGAUCUGAGGCGCCAGGAAGAUGCUCUGUCCUGUCUGACGUGGACUUGCCGGUGGAUCCGGGCUGGGGCUCUCGGAGGGGAGCACGGUGCAGGCAGUUGGCCGUGGAGGGGUGGGGGGCAGAGGCUGGUGCACUCGUGGGCACAUAUUUAUAAGCGUCCUUGUACCCUGGGCCAGGCAUUCCCCGUCCCACCGUCCCUGCUGCUGCUUCGGCCGCCCCUUGCUCAAGCGCGCUGCGCAGCAGGUUGGCCGCGGGGGCGAAGCCAUGCAGGAGGGGGUGGCGAGGAACGAGGGGGCUGUGGGGGUGACCCCCAGAGGGGCAGCCUGCGGGCAGAGCGGGGAAGCAGCCGGCCCAGGUUGAGCUGGGUCCCCCCAAGCGAGCCGUCAGCGGCCGCGGGGGCGAAGGCGUGCGGAGCGAAGCACGGGGAGGAGCGAGCGGGGAAGUGAAGGGUGGGCAGUGAGGGGUGGAGUGGGUGUGCGGUGUCACCCGGCCGGGACAGCCAGCGUGUCACCGAGAACCUGUUUGGUAGUGGAAGAGGCUGCUGUUCUGGGAGGAGGGGGCUGCAGCUGGAUACUGAGGUGUGCCUCCAGUGCCAGCCCUCGCCGCGUGGCAGAGGGAACCUAUUGCCGUUACCUUUGGGGCUGAAUUUCAUAGGAGGAGAAAAAGAUUUCUAGUCCUGUGCCUUGCACUUACUCGGCUAAAAGCCCUCCCUUGUGCGCUAGGUUUCAGUGGGGGCUGGACGGACGAUGUUCCAAGCCCAGCCCGUCCCUUGAAAGCAGCCUACCUCUCCUGCGGAGGGGGCAGGAUGUGCCUGGAGCCCCGAGCGGCUGCCCUUCCCUUGGCUGCAAGCUGGGAAGGGGCAAUGGCCCCGGGGCAGUUACAGGGGGCAGGGAAGGAGAGGGGAGGGGGGCAGAGCAGCCCCCCCAGCACCACGGUGCUGCACCGCAGCAGCGCUCCGGGCUGAAAGCUUUGGCCAAGACAGCGUCAGCGCACAGAAGGGCCGUGCUCGUCCCAGCUAACGACGGGACAGUGCAAGCAAAGCACGGUAGCCCAAGCUGGGCCAAGCGCGUGCCAGCUGCUGGGGCCAGGCUCGGUCCCAUCCUGGCCCCUGCAGCGAGGUGGGGUGGCGGGGAGGUGGACGGGGCUUGGAUUCGCCCCUCUUUGGGCAGCUACAGGGGGCAAAGCCCCCACCCCUCCCGGGUGCAGAGAUGUCUGUUCCCCGUCCCUCCCUCCCUCUCCUCCACGGAGGAACCGUCCGAUGUAGCUAAUGGCACCCGGGAGCCGACCUGGUUUCUCCGUUCAGGCAGGGACCCAAGUUACCCGACGUCGUUCCAACUGGAAGGCAACACGACCCACGCGCGGGAGCGAUUCCCAGUGUCAGUUUGGCUGUAACACAUCCUAUGUCUCUCUUUCGGUGAAGAAAAAAAAAAAUGCAGCAACCCGGCCUGUGUUCUGUGUUUUUAUAUAUAUAUUUUAUAUAUAUAUAAAAAUAUAACUAACAUUUGGGGGAGUGAUUUUUCUCCUAAUAUUUUUAAAAAACGUUUCUUUGUUUCUAUCUAUAAAUACUUGUACAGUUGGAAUAUUAAUAUAUAACUCCGGCGGCAGAGCUCAGCGCCAGGUGAUGCUCACUUAAAAGACGUGUAUUUUGUAUUUAAGGGACUUUUGUUUUGUAUCAUGUGCAACUGCAACAGAGUGUUUGACUUGGAUGGGGGCUGCUCUUCCCAUCCGUGUAAUUAAUAAAGUACUAACGAUAGCUGCUGGCUGAUGAGGA